UCCUCAGAGCUAAAGGUAAUGGCCCUCUCUCUUUUACACACACAUAUGUACAAAAUCACACAACACAUUUACAAAUAGAAAUCCUCAUAGUCAUGCUGAUGUCAACUUCACAUGAGGUUCAGGUGUGAGAGAAGAGUCAGGGAUGAAGAUCAAGCUGAAGACAAGUCACAACAGUGUGUGCUUGAGGCUUGAGAGCGGCUGGAAACACGGACGAUUUUCCUAAGAAGGGAGAAAGAGAGAGAGGAAUGAGGGGAGGAAGGAGAGACGCCAUUUAGUGCUACCUGCUCUUUGCCAGGGAAGAGGGCAAAACAGGACACAAAGUGUGAACUUCACGGUUGUUGCUGUUGCCAUGGCGAGGCCCGGGCGCCCUGCAUCUGAGAGCUACCAGCCAGUCUGUUGUUCAGUCAGUCAGUCGGCCUCUUACUCCAGCGAAGCUAGAACUGUGGGGGCGGAGGAUAGGGAUGAUCAUGCGCCCAUUUUCUCCCUAUCUAAGAGCUCCAUGGAUGUGGUCAUGGCGACAGGGCCGCCGCACAAGCGGGACCCGGCCUGGACCAGAUUGGACCUGAGACGCAGCUCCAGCACCAACACACACGCUGAGCAGAACUCAGUGACGCUGCAGCAGCUGCACCCUCGCAUGUGGCAGCACAUCAACUCCACCACCAGCAACCAGUUGUCACUCGCAGGCCAACACGUAGACGUGCACAGCCCUCCUGCCCUCAGCGAGCGCUGGAUCACCAACAUGCAUCGCUGGAGCGAGUGUAGUGGCAGCACACACAGCCGUAGCAGCACUCCAGAUACAGUUGUAUGGAAAGGUUGGACCUCACGCCCCUCGAGUCUAACCCAGGAAACCCUGUGCUCUCCCCUGUCCAAACCAACCUCUCCACCAACCACCCCCUCUCCCUGCAUCCCCCCCCUGCAGACACCAACUUUACCACACGAAGAUCUUUUAACUUCUUCUUCAACACUGAGCACAUAUCAGCAGGAAGAGUCACCUGCUUCCUCACCCACACCCACACCCACACCCUCUCCACUGCGAUCACCUCUGCAGGCUCACACCUCCUCACUGUUGCCAUCCAACUCCUCCGAUCUCUUCCAACCCACCAGCACGGAGGAUGAUCGCUUCCUGGAAAAGAACUCGCUUUUUUUUACAUUCCCAUCCCCGCUCCCAUCGUCUGUUAGCUUAGCAGAGGAAGGUGUGUCAUCAGAUCCUGGCUGCCUUGUCAAUGACGUGAAAGAAGAGCUGCACAGUCCUGGAGGCCAACAAUUAUCAGAGGGUGGAGGAGUGAGAAGCCCAGUGCAAAUGUUAAGCUACCUGGCGCCUAAUUCUCCAGCAGAUGGACAAAGUGGAGCCUCCGUUCGCCAUCUUGAGUUGCCAUGGCAGCCGGGGCAAAGCUGUCCGACAGGCAGGGGCUGGAGGUCACCCCUGGUUUCUUCCUUGAGCGACUCGCUUUUGGGCUGCAGGUGCCACUUGAAAACCAGAGAGGGCCACACAAAGGCUCAGUUGUUCAGGGAGGAAGGUACAAUGACCUCACAGCUGAAGCAGGUAGACGCAGCGGUGCAGACGAUCUCACCCAUUGGCUCCCUGUGGGGCCUCAGGACGAACAACUCCAACAUGGGCUCCAACAUGGGCUCCCACUCGGUCUUGGGCUCGCCGCCUGGAUCAAGGCUGAACCUGAAGUCCUCAGUGGGGUCCAACUCCAAUCUGGUGUCCCCAUCCUCCAGCAUGUUCCCAGUGAGCAGCGGAGAGGAGGAAGUGGAGGAGGAGGAGGAGGAGGAGGAGAGGCGAGGAGACAACCCAACAUUGGACAUUAACUCAUCCUCCUCGCAUGAUCUGGAGAGGAGGAGGUCGUGUCUGAAGAACCAGGGGGAGGAGAGGGACGCUAUGGGGAGGAGGGGCAGCAUGAAGCAGGUGCAGUGGGACGAGAACGGGAUGACGUGGGAUGUUCACGGAGCAUCUGUGGACCCGGAGGUGCUGAGCACAGCCAUUCAGAAACAUCUGGAGCUCCAGAACAGCCCCCGGGCUCCGAGACGUACCUCCAACAAGAAGAAAGCACCAAAGCCUCCUCUUAUAUCGAACGUGGUAAAGGCCAUGACCCUAGAAGUUCAUCCGCCUGUGAUGAUAAUAACCUCGACUUGUACGGUGGAGGGCGAGAGUGAGGGGCCACCAGAAGCAGACGGAGGGAGGAGGGAGGUGGAGGAGGAAGGAGAAGAAGGAGGCAAAAAGGAGGAAAUGAUAGAAGCUGCUCGUAAAGUAAGCAGAGCAGAGGGAGCUAAUUCAAAAGAAGAGGAUGAGGUGUACGGAGAGGAAGGCACCAGCCAUCCUAAGUCACCCUUGCAUGGGAGUGGACAUGGGAGCCGCAAGAGGAGUGUGAUCAGGUCACUGAGAAGGCCUGGGUGGUGUGGAGGCUCCAGAAAGGCAGACGACUGAUCCUGGAGACCACAUGGGCUAUUGAUUAUCCAUAGCUCAAUUUGCACAAAGCACCACUAAUAAACUCAUUGACUUUAGGAGCAUUUUCUCAUUUUCAUGUGGUUUUAUCCUGCUGUUUCUUUUCGUCAUUUAGUAAAAUGUGGAGAUGCAAUGUUAGAAAAUGUGUCCCUUCCACUGGAUCGCUUAAUUUCCUCUGAAGGGACAUGCUCCAUACAGGUUUCCCUAACUUGUUGGUUGUUAGGGCUAUCUAUCUUUUUAUUUACAGUUAAUAUUCUCCUAUAUUCUUCUAUUUCUGUCAAGACUAUAUACAUAUUUGAUUGUUUAUUUUUUACGUCAUUUUAAACAGCAACAACACACCUACAUUCUUGCAGUUUAAUGAUGGAUAGAUGCAGUUCUAGCGAGGUUUUCAGGAAAGUCAAGGGUUACCUAUAAAUCAUUAAAUCAACUACCAGGUAAUGAAUUUGUUCAUGUAGAUGUUCAAUAAAACCAAAUUUUGUCUUUGUA